AUGACGGAUAAGCUCGAUUUUGAUCCAUACGAACUGUUGGCACUGUCAGAGGAAUGCAGUCAGCAAGACGUGAUCAGGGCGUACAGAAAAACGGCUUUGAUAUGGCAUCCGGACAAAAACCCUUCCCAGAAAGAUUUUGGUAGAAAAAUCGUUACAAUUAAUCCGGUGAUCAUUAAUUUCAAAUUAAAGUCGUAUUUAGCGCAACAGAUGUUCCUGAAGGUGGCGAAAGCAUUGGAAAUUUUAUGCGACCCGGCUGCCAAGGCGGCACUCGAUCGUCUCCGGCAUGCGCAUCGUAUAAACGUUGAGCGAAAUAAGCACCUGGACGAAAGGAGGAGAAAGCUUAAAGAAGGUUAA